CGAAUGAAUCAACGCAACUUCGCUAUCAACAACAUGCAAGCGUCGUUGGAACAGAAGCUCAACAGCUUGACGGCCCGCGAGCAAGUUGAAAUCGUGGACUUGGACAACAAUGUCGUGGGGAAGGCCGAUCGAUCUGUGAUGGUAGUGCGUUUGGUUGGUCACAUGGACGUUCUUCACGACACUUCUUCGUGCGCAUACAUGCGUAGCGCGUGUUUUCGCUUCCCCAUCGCGCCACGUACAUUGUCAUUCGAAACAGCGCGUGCGAAACCAGCUUGAUUUGCGCGGGUGUGGCUCACCAAUGCUCGUCGGUAGGGGGGACUUUUACGUGCAGCGGCGGACGUUGAUCAAGGACUACUGCCCUGGAUUCCUCGACCCGAUGGCCGGUGGUGUCGUGCAAGCCGGCGAAAGUUACGAAGACAAUGCGCUUCGUGAAGUCAAAGAGGAGAUGGGCGUGUCAGGCGUCCCGCUAACGUUUGUGUGCACGUUCUUCUACCAAGAUGCAAGUACGGUUGUGUGGGGCGGCAUGUUCGAGUGCGUAUACGACGGCGCAUUGACGUUGCAGCCCGAAGAAGUGUCGCAAGUGCUCGUCAUGUCCGCGUCCGACAUCAUCGCGCGCGCCGACGAGUUCACCCCCGACGGCCUCUUUGCCAUGCGCUUGUACCUGGAGGAGAGCACCAAGGCCACGGCGGCACAUCCUCAUGCAUAAGACAACCACGAGAUAUAUGACGUUGUUUGGCA